UCUACAUCCGAACCAAAUUCCCUCCUUCCGUCGUCUCUCCCUCGUUUUCUUCCCCCAUUCUCUCUCUCUGCUCCCGCUUUUUUUUCUCUCUACACCCAAAUCAGAUCUCCCCCAACUCCUCAAUCCAAUUUAAUUCUAACCAUAUCCCAUUCCUUCCCUUGAAUAAUUCUUAUUCUGUUAUCUACCUCUAAUUUUCUUCACUUUUGCUUUGCUCCAAACCCUCAAAGAAACCUCAAAAAUCGACUCUUGAAAUUGAAGAUAAAAGGGAAAUUCUGGCCAGUCUUUGAGCUUUGAAAAAAGAUAAAAUUGUGCAACAGAAGCAAUCACAGAAGCAGAUUAUGAAUAAACAGUUGUCGUUCACUUCUAUGAAGCCGCCGUUUGGAGGAGGAGGAGACAGUGACUACCGCCACUUCUCAUCCUCGGCCGCCACCGAUUAUGGUCGUCCACUGCCUAGUCAAGAACCUGAUGAAGUCAUCGUCGCAAAGACCCCUCCUCCACUAAAGCGGAAGAAUGGAAUGGGAGACUGUGAAGUAGGAUUCACGGAGCAGAACUUAGGUCCUGGAUGUGUUGGUCUCAUUAAUUCUGCGCUUCAGACACCAGUGUCAGGAAAAACUGGAAUGGCCCAAAAAGUUCGAAGGACGGCAAAGGCUAAUAAAGCUAGAUUGCAAACUCCGGUGGCAAAUAUUGGUUCCUCUCCAGGGAAUAUUCUCAUUCCACUGGGCCCAUGUCGUUAUGAUAACUCCCUCGGUCUCUUGACAAAGAAGUUCAUUAACCUGAUCAAACAUGCAGAAGAUGGUAUUCUUGAUUUAAAUAAAGCUGCCGAUACAUUAGAGGUGCAGAAGAGGCGUAUAUAUGAUAUAACAAAUGUUCUCGAAGGCAUUGGUCUUAUAGAAAAGAAACUCAAGAACAGAAUCCAGUGGAAGGGUGCAGAUGUCUCACGACCAGGGGAAGUUGACGUGAGUCUUAAUAGCCUACAGGCAGAAGUAGAAAACUUGAACAUGGAGGAGCACAAAUUCGAUGAACGAAUAAGUGAAAUGCAGGCAAAGUUGAGGAGCCUAAGUGAAGAUGAAAACAAUCAAAUGUGGCUCUUUGUCACUGAAGAAGAUAUCAAGAACUUACCUUGCUUUCAGAAUGAAACUCUUAUAGCAAUUAAAGCUCCACAUGGCACUACUUUGGAAGUUCCAUACCCUGAUGAGGCCAUUGAUUAUCCACAGAUGAGAUAUAGAAUAGUUCUUCGGAGCACCAUGGGCCCCAUAGAUGUUUACCUUGUCAGCCAAUUUGAGGAAAAGUUUGAGGAGAUAAAUGCGUCUGAAGUGGAAGCAAGCAUUCCUUCAACAUCAGGUGCCGAUGAGAACGCUACUGCACUACCAGCAACUGAGGAGAGCAGAGGAAAUGAAGUUGAUUUGCAAGGAAUAGAAGCUCAAAGAUUAUGCUCAGAUAUGAACACAUCACAGGAUUUUGUGAGUGGAAUCAUGAAGAUUGUGCCUGAUGUUGAUAACGAUACAGACUAUUGGCUAUUGUCAGAUGUUGAUGUGAGCAUCACAGAUAUGUGGAGGAUAGAAUCUGAGGUUGACUGGAAUAGCUUGGAUACCAUUCAUGAAGGCUAUGGUAUGGCUAAUGUCAGUGUGCCAAGACCCCAAACUCCAGUGCCUAGUACAACUGCAAUGCCUUUUGUAGCCAGCACCUCAGGGAGUUAAAUGAGACAGGGUAAUGAUCCUGAAUAAAGACACUGGGCUCAUUGCUCUUUGUAAGAUAUUGAAAACUGAGAUCCCAAAAUAGUGCCUCAACAGGAUCAUUUUCUUGGGUUACCUUCCAAAUGUUCUUUUGUGAGCAAGAAGUGCCGGAGAAUAGAGGGACAGGGUCUUUUUUACGGUGUUUGUUUAAAUAAUUUCUGUAAUAGAAAUAAACGAAUAGCUGCUGACAGAAUUUAGGCUCUGUAUAUUUUUAAAUUUGUUGCACUGUAGUAAACAUCAUGACAAAUAGAUAGCUGUCUAUCGUAAAAUAUUAGUCUAGAUUACACGUAAUAUGUUAUGGUGGAUUGAAAUUCAGCAAAUUUUAGAAGUUUCACAUCAUGCUAAUUCUGUGAUAUACAAUAUUUUAUUUCUCCAUU